CGUUUGUUUUCAUCCCUCUCCUUCGCUCUUGAAGGAUUUGUCAUUAGGGAACACAACAGGUGGAGGGAAUAAGGCGGAUGAUCCCGGUGGGGCUUCAAACUGGAAGGAAUGCUUGAUGAUCGUAACGAGUGCCAUGUGUCAGAUCAUGUCCCAGGCAGGUGGUGGUGGUGGUGGGGGCCCCGCAUAAAUUCCCAACAGGACCCCUGAUUAGAGGCAGGCAUCAGUAAAUUGAUGGUGAUGAACAGUAGCAACUGUCUGCAGACGUCACGGCAGCAGAAUGAGUCGAGAACAGUCGCAGGUUCCGGUUACUUCAGGACAUUGUAUGACAUCUCAGACAUUUUACUGUUUCUGUUACAAUUUUGCAACACACGCUAACCUGAAUGUGCCUGUGAUAUUUAUCGGUUAGCAUUUUAGAAAAUAUAUGAAUCAUUAAAAAAAAAAGAAAAAUUAAGUUUGUUGGUGAAAGAAAAUAUGAAUGAAAUGUUUCUACAAACAUGCCAGGCAUCCACCUUGCAGUUUCCUUUCCGUGACUACCUUCAAUAAAGAUAUUAUUGACGGUGACACAUUAUUACUCACUGUGUCACUCACGCCCAUUUGGCACCCGUUGGAAAAAAUGAUUUGCAGUAGCGCGUGGUCACAAGACCAAAUCUGCCCGAGCGUCCGAAAGCGGAGUAGCAACAGAGCAGCCGAUUGGCUGAGAGGCCGCGGCAGCUGAAAUAGCUAUGUAAACACUUUCCCUCUCUCUGUGAGCCCCGGUAAUUAUAGCCGGGAUGCUGGUGACGACAGUUGUCCCAUCGAGACUUCAAAUGCUGGAAUAAAUUUGACAUUAUGAUAUGUGAUCCGGGCUCCAAUGGCGCGCGCACGUAAACACCGGGGCGCGGUAUAAAGGCCGGGGACUCCGGCUGGAACACAAGUUGUUUACCCUUUAGCUUUUUAGCUCCAGCGCUCCGGACUUAACCCCCGGACACCGAGGCGUGACAGGGGGAAGAAAGGGGGCCCCUUUAAAUCCCAGUGCGCCGGGUGUUUUACGUAACACAGAGGAGGAGAAGUGAGGGGGACGCGCCGCGCGGAGCGGACGAGUGUGUUGGAGAGCUCCAAGAGCGCACAGGGACAGCAGCGGGCAGAGGAUUGUUACUGGACAGAACUCGUGUGUUGAGGACGUGUUUCCAGGCCAUCGAUCCCUCCCUCCCUCGCUGGCAACCCGACAGCGACCACUGAACGCAAAGUGAAACAGGAGAAAGGGGAAAUUGCCAUUUAAAAAAGAAAAGGGCCUCUGGGUACUGAGCCGCCUGCGUCAUGGCAGCCAUUGAUCUGGAGCGUGGGCUGGAGCACGGUGGCCGGGGCUGGGGCAAAGAGAGGCCGGAGCUGAUGGACAACUUCGACUCAGAGAUGCAGGAGUGGGAGGACCAGCUGCAGGACAUCCAGAGAAAAAUCGAAGAGUUGUACAAUGAAGUUCAGGCCCGCAGAGGAGCAAACGACAUCACCACUGACAACCAGAAGAACGGUGGCGAGCUGGAGCACCAUGGUGAUGGUCUUUAUGCGCCCGGUCAUCACGGCAAGAGUCACUCCGGAGCUAUAACUGUGCCGCAUCACUAUAGUAACGGCUGUAACUAUAGCCCCAAUGGGUACAGCUACCCAGUGAGUCAUCAGAACGGCUACGGUUACUGCCGCGCCAAUGGAGUUUCAGAGAUCGGAGACUUAUUGCAGGAUUACUUGGGGCAGGGCAAGCAAAUGAGCCGGAAGAACAACGGAGCUCGCCACGUGCGCUUCAGUGACACAAUCAAAGUGAGCCCGGACGUCCCUGCAUACCAGAAUGAGAUCAGAAGAAGUUCUGGAAAUGACAGGCUCGGUCAGGAGCAGUUUUUGGGCAGUUUUGAGGAGACUGAAAACAGGAAGAACCAAGUAUCUCACAUGAAGGGCUCCCCCUGCAGAGAGAGCUCCCCCAACAAAGAAAACACAGGUGCCAAGCCCCCUCUUGGACAAAGGGAUGCUUUUGCUGUACAGCCACGCUCGCAGCUCCCAAACGCGACGGCCGAAUCACCUGCUCUGGACAGGAAGUCCUUCGCUCCUGGUGUCCUGGGAGAUAGGAAGUGCGGCAGCCCUUCUGUUCUCAGGAAGUUUGGGGCCAUGCUUCAAGAAAACGAGGGCAAAAUGCUCACCGAAUCAGGGGUGGUGACCCAUCAGGGACUGGCCCCGGAGCCAAAGUGCCCCACCCCUGGCUGUCAGCGCAGAGCUCUGGGAGCCACUGCAGUCGCCGGCAGGGCGCCCGUGCGUGUGCCUACCCAGAAAUGCCAAGCAGAUUGUGACGUGCUGACAGCAGAGUUAGAGCCCAGCCAAGAAUGGGGUUUAGUAUCGGACUCUGGUAGGCAGAACCAAAAAGAUCACAGAGGAGGCUAUGGUGGAUCUAAAGGGGCCCAGCGGAGUCCUCAGCAGUCCCAGAGGAGAUCACAGGUGGCGGGAAGCCCAAAGAUUAGACCCAGGGCUAACAGCGGGGCUGACAGAGAUGGAGGACUGGCAAGGAAGCCCGCACUCCAACAUGUGGAGCCCAAAAUGGACUACAGGGUCUCAUCAGCUUCUUCUGGAGCUCAGAGGAUCCACAGGGGAGGGUUAAGGGGGCAGGACUUGCCUGGUUCUGGCCGAGUGGGGGAUGAAGGACUUAUCGAGCUGCUGGACAUGCUGGAGAUCCAACACGAGUACAGCUCCAGUCCCAAAACGGGACACACAGCUUACAGACAGGAUCAACAGCAGUCCGUCCAGGCAAACCAAGCCGAGUUCUCCCAAGCCCAAACCAACAGGAGCUUCUCUCGUCCUGCACGGCCAGCCAACCAGCGACCUCCCUCCAGAUGGGCCAGUCGCACCCCUACUGCCAGGAUCACCGCCCCAUCAGGCCCAAUGUACCGCUCCCCAAGCCCCCUUACUCGCCCCCCGAGCCCCAUGACCAGAACCCCAAGUCCUGCCUUGAAGCACCGGCCUCUCAUUUCCUAUUCUCUUCAGACUGAGACUGUCAUCAUGUGAUACCUUUCCACUUCAAUAAAGCUUGUUCCCUUCCUCUUGGAAAACCCUCUCCCCGUGUAAAUAGUAAGGACUUUUCUGCUCAACACAUUGCUUGACGAGAGUUGCCAAGAAAGGCCGAGUUCGAGAUGAAAACACAUCCACGACGUUCCCCAGUGUUGCUGUGGCUUUUUGCUUCUUCUGUGCUGAACCUCUGCCAACACAUCAACAUGUGGCUUUGUUGCAGUUAUCCACUCUCCUUUUUUCUUUUUUUUUUGUAUCCGAUUUCAGGUGUUUUCUGUAUAAUGAGAUUCUGCAUGCAGCCCUAGUUUGAGGGUGCAUGCUCCUGUGUUCAAUCCUCGCGGUUGCCAGGUUGAAUCAGAUUCAACCAGGUUGAAUCAGAUUCAACCUGGCAACCAGUUGGAGGAACUGUGCUCCCAGCAGCAAUCUGCUAACUGUCGACAACAGUGUGUUUUACCGUAUCCAACUGUCAAAGUAAUCUAUUUAAGAUGUUCAAAUAACAGCUGUGACAAAUGACUAUGAUAUGCCUUUAAUGUAAUUUUUUUUUCUCUUGGUAAUAAAUAUGACAGUGCUUUGACA